AUGGCUGCAACAUUCAACAUCCAGAAGCCAUAUGUGCUCACCACCCUGCCUCGACCUCUGAACCAGCGAGAAGGUGCGAGCGCAUACCAAAUCGGUGAUGUCUGGGGCCAGCAGCCAGGCUCCAAGAAGAGGAAGCGAUCCGAGCUGGCAGUCGGGAUUGACGGCGAGGCACUGAACCUUUACGAUGUUCCAUCAUCACGGCUGAUUACUUCCUACCCGGUCCCGCCACAGUCGAUCUUCACCUGCUCGCCGUGCUCGACGAGGACCAGAGUCGCAAAGAGCAAAGACGUCACACGUUACACCUAUAUCUCGACCCGAAACCCAAAACCCGAGAUCACUCUGUUCAAAGAUGUCAUUGGAGCUUCAGGCGAGACCACCUCGACCACCUUGACCGAGAAGGUGGACCAUGCCUCGAAGCUCGUGCACCUCAGCACGGCUACAACAACCAACUCUGCAAGCGCCGACGGGUCAGGUGCAGUUCCGGACCUGGUAGCUGUCGCCGAGGAUGGGACUGUUAUCUGCCUUCGAGGUGACGUCCUGCGAAAACGAUGGCAGACAUCUCCAGAAAUCCUGAAGCAGGACCUGCCUGCGCUGCCCAAGGGAACCCGCCUCCAAGUCGAGCUCGUCCAAGCCGCGCUGGCAAGCGACGUCAUUGGAGGGUUAUUCGGAGGCAAAGAGGACGCCUUCGCUUCAUUACUACAGACGAAACAGGAGGACGCAUCCGCCCUGGACAUGUUGCUGCUAGUCACGAGGGUCGCAGGCACGGACGCAGAGUCCCGUUAUCUCCAUAUACUUCGCAUAGUCUCCAACUCCGAGGCGCAAGCCAGCGGUCGGCUGGUCCAGAUACACACCUCUCCAAUCCCGUCACCCUCCUCGGUCGCAAGUGGGCCUGGAAGUCUCCGUCUGGACGUCACCUCAGGGUCACUGAUGGAGCUCCAGGAGGACGGUCUUGUCACGUACGAUCUGACCUCGAGUGUUGUCAAAGUCGACAGCAAACUCCAAGUACCGGACGUGAGGUCAUUUGUGCGGCUAUCGAAGUCUUCUGUCCUUGCAGCCAAGCCCGACUCCUUGGAUGUUUACAACCCUGUUUAUCAGUCUUUACAGGCAUCUUCUGUGAUCGAUCUGGACAACGUGGGCAAAGGCUCAAAUGCUGUGGCCCUGUCGUUGGUGGCAUAUUUUGCGAGACUCGAGAUUGCAGUCGCAAUCUACGGCGCAUCCCUGGUGGCUGUGCAACUUGAGGCCCCCAGGACGCGAGGCAAGAAGCGAAGAGCAGAGGGCCUUUUGAUAGACUCGAUAGGGCGUGGUAUCGCUCAGCACAGAGAUAUUCUCAAGAAGCAGAAAACGGAUGGCGAAUCUUCGAGUUUCUCUGAACAUCUUCCGGGCACUGUCACUGGAAACUAUUGGUCUGAGUUCACUACAGAUGUACAGAAAGCCGAUGCCCUCCUCGAGGCCGGCGACUUGGGUGGAUUCGAGGAGCUUACGGCUAGCAGAUUUGGAAUCGCGACGAAACCAGCUGACGCGGCCAACGGCAAGACAGACGAACAGCCGAGACUGCCAGAAUGGAUAUGGCCAAGCACACGCUCUGCGUAUCCAACAGCUGACCGUCGAUGGGUUCUGUACACGAUCACAAGGAUAUUCGACUGGCAGGACACAACAGAAUCGGGCUCAGAUCAGACGAGGCUUAUCUGCAAGCUGCCACAGAGCAACGUGCUGAACUGCCUGGUUGAUGCAGGUCACCUCACCAUAUCCAACAUCAAAUCAGCUUUUAAGGAUGAGCUCCGAGGUGUCGACGACGUGGACCAUAUCCUCGGCGAAGAAGUGCCUCAAGUAUUGGUACAAGCAGAUCCACCUUUCGAGCUUCUCCUGUCCUACCUGUCCUCAACGAAGCUGGGGGCCGCUGAGCUCCUUACAGCAGUUCGUUUGAUCAUGCGCAGUCUAGAACUCGUGCAAGACCCCACGAAGAUAGCGCCCAAGCUGCUCACCUUCGAAUCGCAACAGUCAGAUGAUGCCGACCCGGACGAGAGCACACUCAACGCAGACCAGAGCGCAUUUGGCCACGAGCUGGACCGUCUCGAGCAGGAGCUGGAGGUCACAGAGUUCUACCUAGGCGACCAAUCCACCAUCCGCGCAAGAGGCCUGAGUGUGGCCUUCGGCAAGCUGGGGAGCUGUCCCCGCGAUUCCACAAUCCGCACACUACGGCGGAGCUACAAGCCUGAGGAGAUUCUAUCGCUUAUCUAUGUGCUACGCAUGGAACUCGUAAAGGACGGCUGGACUACGCGGUACCUGGACACGACGCGCCUGGACGAAGACGACGACCUCGAGGCGCCGCCAGAUGGGAGCAUCAGCCUCCUUGCGGACCUACUCUGCAGGUGCCUCGACGCGGUAGGGCCGGGCGGCUGGCUGAUUAACGACGCGAUCGUGGCGGCGGGUGCUGGAGACCACAUGGACUCGGCGGACUUCCUGGCCUCGCUGAAGCUGGAGGUCAGCGCGGCCCUGGAGGGCGUGCAGGAGGCCGUGUUCCUGCGGGGCAUCCUCUCCGAGGCGGUCAGGUACGGGGCCCAGGUGCAGAAGGCCGAGGCGGAAGUCGGGCAGAAGCACAAGCGCGGAGAUGGCAAGGCGGUGGAACUACACGGCCAAGGGAUCAGCAAGGCAGCCGGUGCGGAAGGCGCCAUGUUACCGCUUGGCAUGAAGGCCAAGGAGAGAAUCUCAGCAGAGAAGGUCGUCUCCGGUGGCGAGGUCGUCAGGAGAAGCAAGAGAGAGAUUGCAUACCUGAUCAAUCAGAGGGUCGGGGAGUAUUCGGGAGACAGGGUCAGCAUAUAA